UCCCUUUCCUAUCCCGCCUUCCUGAAAGAGAUGCCGUGAGGGAGCAUGGGAGACUUUUUCUGUUUGCACAGAUGAUAGAAAGGGCCGAUGGAGGAAGCCCCAAGAUCAAGGAGCACAAUUUGGGGCAGUGGGUAAUGGGCCCUUUAAGCCCCCCAGCAGACUCCCAUUGUUUGAGGCUGCAGUCCUGCCCUAUAUAGAUCUCAACUGCCCUACCACUGGGCUCUGUCUGCCUCCACACCCCACCCCACCACACUCUACCCCGCUUUCUGUGUUUGGGGCCCGAUUUGAGUAUCCUUCGGGAACAUCCGCAGUUAAGUUAUGGUGAUGAAUAAAAUCACGGACUGGUGACCUUUGAAGACGUAUCCUUGCAUUUCACCGAGGAGGAAUCGGUCUUGCUGGAUCCAGGCCAGAGAGCCCUGUACAAGGAGGUCACUUGGGAGAUUCAUGAGAUGGUGACCUCUCUGGGAGAUGUCUGCAGGAUUAUGGCUGAAGGGAAACCAUCAGAAGCGUUAUUGGAAAGAGCUGAAGAGCAGAAGGAGGAAUGGAAAGUGUGGAGUAAAGAUGGAGCAAAGAGACAACAGGAGAGACACACAGAGAAGCUGGGGGAUGAAGCCAGUACUUCUCAGGGAGGUGUAAAUAAAAUUAAGGGGGGUGCUGAUCAUCUGAAAGAAAUGAGAAUGUCUCCUGAGUGCAGUAAAAUCUCAACUUGCCAAAAAGCCCUGAAUAUACAUCCAAGACGGCAUAUGAGAGAAAAAGCAUAUAAAUGCUUAGAACGUGGAAAGAGUUUCAGUUACAGUAGCUCCCUUACAAAACAUCAAAGAUCUCAUUCAGGGGACAAACCUUAUGAAUGCUUGGAGUGUGGAAAGAGCUUCAGUCAAAGUGGCACUCUUACUACACAUCAAAGAACUCAUACAGGGGACAGACCUUACGAAUGCUUAGAUUGUGGAAAGAAUUUCAGUCAGAGUGGCCACCUUACCAGACAUAAACGAACUCAUACAGGGGACAAGCUUUACGAAUGCUUAGAGUGUGGAAAGAGCUUCAGUCAGAGUGGCCACCUUACUACACAUCAACGAACUCAUACAGGGGACAAGCCUUAUGAAUGCUUUGAGUGUGGAAAGAGCUUUAGUGACAGUAGCUCCCUUACUCGACAUCAACGAAGUCAUACAGGGGACAAGCCUUAUAAAUGCUUGGAGUGUGGAAAGAACUUCAGUCAAAGAUCCACCCUUACUUUGCAUCAAAGAACUCGUACAGGGGAGAAACCUUAUAAAUGCUUUGAGUGUGGAAAGAGCUUUGCUGACAGUAGCUCCCUUAGGAGACAUCAACGAACUCAUACAGGGGACAAACCCUAUGAAUGCUUUGAGUGUGGAAUGAGCUUCAGUCAGAGUGGCACCCUUACUAGACAUCAAAGAACUCAUACAGGGGACAAACCCUAUGAAUGCUUGGGGUGUGGAAUGAGCUUCAGACAGAGUGGCCACCUUACUAUACAUAAACGAACUCAUACAGGGGACAACCCUUAUGAAUACUUGGAGUGUGGAAAGAGCUUUAGUGACAGUAGCUCCCUUGCUGGACAUCGAUGAACUCAUACAGGGGACAAGCCUUAUAAAUGCUUGGAGUGUGGAAAGAACUUCAGUCAGAGAUCCACCCUUACUUUGCAUCAAAGAACUCAUACAGGGGACAAUCCUUAUGAAUGCUUGGAGUGUGGACAGAGCUUCAGUAGCAGUGGCAACCUCAGUUCGCAUUGAAGAACUCAUACAGGGGACAAGCCUUAUAAAUGCUUAGAAUGUAAACAGUUUCUAUGACAGUGGCACCCUUACUAAACAUCGAAGAACUCACACAGGGGACAAGCCUUGAUGUGUGGAAAGAGCUUCAGCUAGAGGGGCACCUUUACUUUGCAUCCAAGAACUCAUAAAGGGGACAAACCUUAUGAAUGAUUGGAAUGUGGAAAGAGUUUCAUUCAGAAUGGCCAUCUUCAGGCACAUCAAAUGAUCUAUAUAGGGGAACAGCCAUAUAAAUGCUUUGAAUGUGGAAAAAGCUUUAAGAAGAGUUGUAGUCUUUCUGUGCAUCGAAGGACCCAUAAAGCCCUAUGAGAAACUCAUACAGGGGAGAAGCCUUAUAAGUGCUUGCAGUGUGGAAAGAACUUCAGUCAGUAUAAGAAUCUUCAGACGCAUCAAAGGAUCCAUACAGGGGGAAAUAAAUAGCCAAAUAAACACUUUUCAUGUGGAAAAAGCUUUAAGCAGAGUUGUCGUCUUAACAUACAUGAAAGCAUCCAUGCACCGGAGAAACCUUAUAAACGUGUGGAACGUGGAAAGAGCUUCAGUCAUCAUCACAUCCUUGCUGCACACAAAAAGUAACCACACUGGUGGGGAACUAUAUAACUGUCCAGAGUGUGCAAAGAGUUUCAUUCAGCAUGCCUCCUGUUUUCUGCAUCAAAUAAUUCAUAGGAAACAGCUUGAAUCCCAUUUCCAUGUAUCAUUCACCUCAAAGGAUACUUAAAGGGGAGAAUGUUUUAUUGGCAACAUGAGUUCUUUGAUGAAUAGUAACAGAGCUACUGUUCAUGACUGAAGCUCUUUCCACACCAUAAAAAGCUGAGAGUGUAUCAAGAGAGUGUUGGGAGUAAAGCACCAACACAAUAGUAUAAACAACCUGAAGUCUGGGUGGGGGAAGAGACAGAAAGGCAAUCUAGUCUUGCCUCUGCUGAUUCCUCUUCCAGAGUUUGAUGUUUUUGCAGGCUUUGCUCCUCUUUACUCCCUUCUCUUCCUGUUUUUCUUCUUUAGUUCAAAAUUGCUCCCUGAGUGCAAGCCGCAUGGCUGUUUCAGCAUUGUAAUAAACCUUAAGUUUCUU